AUCCACGCAAAACCCACAAGCUGUAUAUAUAAAUAAUAAUAUGGAAGCGAGAAUUGACAGAGUAACACUGAGAGAGAGAGAGAGAGAGAGAGAGAGAGAGAGAGAAUUAGAGAAAGAGAUGCAGAGUCUGCAAGAGAAGGCCUCUGAAUGGAGUGGUGUUGAUACAGGUGAUGCUUUUGCAAUAGAUGAUGACACCAAUUUGUUUCAAAAACUUGGUGGUCUUCAAACUUUCAUUAACCUUUCCACCAAUUUCUACAACAGAGUGUAUGAUGAUGAUGAAGAGUGGUUUCGUUCAAUAUUUGACAAGUCUGAUAAAGAUAAAGCAAUUCAAAACCAGUACGAAUUCCUAGUCCAGAGAUUGGGAGGCCCUCCUCUGUAUUCUCAAAGAAGAGGACACCCUGCUCUAAUUGCUCGACAUCGACCAUUUCAUCUAACACACAAAGCUGCCGAGAGGUGGUUGCAUCACAUGCAACAAGCAUUGGACAACACUUCACAUAUAGAUGAUGAUUCCAAGAUCAUGUUGAUCAACUUUUUCAGGCACACUGCAUAUUUUCUCCUGGCUGGAAUUGAGCAAAAGAAUCAAAGCCUUCAUCCUUGCAAGGAUGCACCUGGAAGGCACCCAUGUACAAACUUUUAGCAUUUUUCUUUCACAAAAGGGAGAAUAAUGAGCAAUCAAUUACUAUAUUAUACAAUUUCUAUAGUUUUUCAAAUAUAUCAAGAAAAAUUGAUGUUCCUGUCUUUGUUCAUAUUUCAAUGCAUCACUGACAUGCCAAAAUUUGCUAUUUA